AUGACUGUAGAUUUAAAGCGACUUAUUAUCGAUACAGCAAAGAAUGCGAUUGAAACCGAGUCUGCGUUCUUCUUACAUUCAUGCAAGCCAGCGUUUGAUCUAAUCGAUAAAGGUGUAACAUUUAAAAUUAAACAAUGGAAUGAUGAUUUAAAGAAAUUCUUUAAUCAAAUCAAAAAUGACAAAUUAGAUCCGCUUAGACCACCAUUUGGAAACAAUCUUUUUAUAACCAAAUUACCAGGAAACAAUUUAAUUGUUAAUAAAUUUAUGAAUGAAAUCGGCCAUGUUCUUUUUGCAUCAGAAGAUAAUGAUGCAAAUCAAACAAUUCCAAUGACAUUACAAGAUUUUGAAGCUCUUUUAAUGGUAUUUGAUGCUUUUGGCGAUGGAAUUGGAUAUUAUAACUGUGGACCUCAAAGUGGUAAUUCUCAAAACCACAAACACUUCCAGUUCCAACCAAUAACUAUAUAUCCAUUAUUUACAAUGAUGACAGAGCACAAAGAAUUACCAUUUGAAUAUCGAGUUGAAGAAAUAACACAAUGGGAUCCGCAAUCAAUAUACGAUUUAUAUAUUAAACUUACUCAAAAUCUUCCAACUGAUUCAUACAAUUUUAUAAUGAACAGAAAGUUCGCAAUUGUAGUUCCAAGAACCCAAGGAACUCAUCCAAAGAAGAUAGUUCUAAAUGCAAUUAGUUUGUGUGGAAUUCUCGCAUUCGGAGAUAUCACUGAUCCUUUCAUCAAAGAGAAUCCGCUCCAAGUAUUAACUGAAGCCUGUGUUGCAGCAAAACACUAA